UUAUACUUGUGAUAUAUAUUCGUAAAAACUAAGUAAUGGCUGAAAACAACGUAAAAUGCUUAACGAAAUCAAUCGAGGACCACUGUCUGCGUACGGGAUGUGCUAUAGUUUGUUGUAGUGCGUUUUAUUGUGUGUGAUUUUUAAGACGGGUGGUAAUAAAUGGAGGACAACGGGGUUAAAUCGAGAACACGUUCACAUUCUGCAAGAGCUUUGGUUUUCGACGAACCGAAACCGCCAAGGGAACAACAAUGUCCAAAUACAAAUUCCGAUCAUCAGGCUACGAAGAUUCAUACAGAACCAUCAAAUGGCCCAACUAAUUUGGUUAGGAUACGAAACUCCGCAUUGGGCAAGUCCGCACCCUCUCUCUCAGUAAAUAUGAGAGACGUUGGCGUAAAUCGCAGAAACAGCCGUCCUGCUGCAAUCCAUCGACUGAGUUUUGUACAGACCACAUCGCCCGUUUUACCAAGAUCUCACUCACCGAGCUGUGGCAGUCCAAUAGAUAGUCCACGAACGCAUAACAGUUUUUUAAAUUUCUCAUUUGCACCAAUAAAAAGGAUAUGUGCUGGUUAUUGUGGAGAUGGUAGAAGAUGGUCUGUAGCAUCGCUUCCAUCGUCUGGGUAUGGUACUACGCCAGGUAGUUCAAAUAUGUCAUCGAAAUGUUCAAGCCAAGAAAGAUUACAUCAAUUACCACACAUACCUACUUCAGAUGAUAUCAGAAUGCUUACCCAUCAUUUUUCCAGUAACGACAGCAACACUUCGUUGCCAGCAGGAAAUUAUGAAGAAAACCCCAUUGUCCAUCGUUCUCCGUUGCAUAGACCUAGAUCGCGUAGUUUAAGCAGUCCCAGUAGAUCUCCAGUUAUUGACAACGAAAUAUGCAUGAUGAACGUUUUGUAUAAGGAACGAUUCCCAAAAGCCACACAACAGAUGGAAGAGCGACUGAAUCAUUACAUUGAUGAGAACAAAACGUUUGACUUCGGUGAAGACUGCGACUAUUUACCAAUAGUCCGGUUUGUUCACCAUCAAGUACUGGAAAUGGCACGGGAUUGUUUACAUAAGUCACAAAAUAAACUUAUCACUAGCCGUUACUUCUAUGAGAUGUCUGAAAAUUUGGAAAGGUUGUUAACUGAGACUAAAGAAAAAUCAGAAGACGCCGCCAAUCUAGCAUCAGGAUUCAUCAAGAAGCUUCUUUUAAUAAUAUCAAGGCCUGCAAGAUUGCUGGAAUGCCUGGAAUUCGAUCCCGAAGAGUUCUAUCACUUCUUAGAAGCAGCAGAGGGCCAAGUAAAAGGCACCCAGGGUAUAAAAGCCGACAUUCCCCAGUAUAUAAUCCAGAAACUGGGCCUGAACCGUGACCCGAUAGCUGAGCUGCAACAAGAACUGCGGGACUGCUGGCCGCCGACCGCCUCGUCCAGAAACUCUCUGUGCUUAACCUCAACGCCAACCACAAAGAAACAGCUAUCCAAUCCCUCCGAGGAAGAUUACGAAGUGGUUAAACUAAUUUCUAACGGUGCUUACGGUGCAGUUUAUUUAGUUAAGCACAAACAAACGAGACAACGAUUCGCAAUGAAGAAAAUCAACAAAAACAAUCUUAUGCUCAGAAAUCAAGUUGAACAGGUGUUCGCCGAAAGGGACAUUCUAAGCUUCGCUGAUAAUCCGUUUGUUGUGAGCAUGUACUGCAGUUUUGAAACUAAGAAACACCUUUGUUUAGUUAUGGAAUACGUUGAGGGCGGUGAUUGUGCCAGUCUGCUGAAAAAUAUCGGUCCCCUUCCGCCGGACAUGGCCAGAUUCUACUUUGCCGAGACUGUUUUGGCCGUCGAAUAUCUACAUAGUUAUGGCAUUGUUCACAGAGAUUUGAAACCUGAUAAUCUACUGAUUACCGCUCUGGGGCAUAUUAAAUUGACCGAUUUUGGCCUAAGCAAAAUGGGAUUAAUGUCUUUGGCUACCAAUUUAUAUGAAGGCUACAUAGAUACAGAAUCCAGACAGUUUUCAGACAAACAAGUCUUUGGCACUCCAGAAUAUAUUGCACCAGAAGUAAUAUUAAGACAAGGGUAUGGUAAACCAGUGGAUUGGUGGUCUAUGGGUAUAAUUUUGUACGAGUUUUUAAUUGGGUGCGUGCCAUUCUUUGGCGAUACCCCUGAAGAAUUAUUUGCACAUACUGUUCAAGAUGAUAUUGAAUGGCCAGAAAAUGAAGACUGGCCUGUUCAAGAGGAAGCAAAGGAUCUAAUAACUAAUUUACUGCAACAUUCUCCACGAGACAGGUUGGGUACAGGUGGUGCACAUGAAGUAAAGGAACACUUCUACUUUUGCGGUGUAGAUUGGAAUUCGUUGCUGCGCCAUAAAGCUGAAUUUGUUCCUCAGUUACAACAUGAUGAAGACACCAGUUACUUUGACAGCCGAAUAGAUCGAUACAGUCACGAAAUAGAAGAUGACACAGACGAUACAGAUGACUCCCCAGUAUUCGGUCUGUUUUCCUCUUGUUCCCCACAAUAUAGGAAGGUUCACAGUUCUUCAAAAUUAGCAAACCCUGAGCCAGAACAAACCGUCAACAGCAGUAUAAAGAUCACGACAUCGGUGGUUACCACACCGGAUGCCAAGUCUGAAAACGACAUGAAAACCGAUCAAAUUUUUACUCAAGUCACACCAAACAACAAAAUCGAUAAUAGAAAGAUUUCGUUAGACUUAUCACUGUGCAAUAUGAGUACGCCAGAAUCAUCCCAAACCGACAGUGAUGAUGUUUCACCACAGAUCUACAGAAGAAGGAAAACGGGACAUGGAAGGGACAUACUUCCUAAGUUUUCUAUAUCUGUGGAAGAUGAGCAUAGCAGUAUUGAUACAUGCACUUCUUCUUCAGAAAACAGGGAACUUUCUCCUUUAGGAAGAGUGCAGCAUUCGCCGGGUAUUCCCCAGAACAAGCACAAGUCAAGAUCUGUGGUUAAGAGUGCUUCUGCAUCAGGAUUAUCCUUAAUGAUACCAUCAGAUGAUUUUCAAGCAUCGACACACAGUAUCCAUUCUCCAAGUGGUGGUGGUGGUGGUUCCAGCACUGCCAGUUCGAGAGAUACAUCUCCUUGUCGUGAACUGUCACCGCUGGUUACUAGCUUGAAACCUCCAAUAAUAAUUAGAAGGGGACCUAAAGGGUUCGGAUUUACGGUCCAUACUAUCCGUGUAUAUUACGGGGACACUGAUGUGUAUACGAUGCAUCACUUGGUCAUGGCCGUUGAUGAAGGAAGUCCAGCGUUCGAAGCUGGGUUAAGACCCGCUGAUUUGAUUACACAUAUCAAUGGGGAGACGGUGCAAGGUCUUUACCAUACCCAAGUCUUACAGCUACUUCUUGGCGGUGCGGAACAUGUUAGCUUGCGAGCCACGCCCUUGGAGCAGACGACGAUCAAAACGGGAGGAAGAAAACGGGAACCAGGUCAAAGUAAACUGGCCAAACGUAGUCUAAAUAGGCAAAAGAAACAAAAGAGGGACAGCGACAAAAGACGCAAAGCUUCAUUGUUUAGACGGAUUAGCAGUAAACGGGCCAGCGCUGAAAUGCAACAAAUGGCUGCAAGUAUACAGUCACCCGUAACGGUCAUUCCGAGUAGAAGUUUUCAGUCGUUCCCCAGAACUCAAGACAGCACCACCGUAAGAAGUUGCGGGUCGAACCGCUCCAGCCUAUCUCCGUCAGAUUCUUUGAGUCAACAUUCUCAGAACAGUACACCACAAAGUUCAUCUUCCAGUACACCAAGCCCUUCGGCUGCCCCAACCAAUAGAAGCAACAAGCAACACUAUCAACGGCCAUCGACAUUGCAUGGUCUAAAACACAAGUUGCAUUCUAGUGGUUGUCCGAAAACUCUUCAUGCCGCUGGACCGUCGUGUGCUCCUUGCGCCCCUACCGUUCCGAACCGGAGGAAAUCAGUGGGUCACAUCCCUCUUUCGCCGUUGGCCCGCACCCCGUCCCCAUCGCCACUUCCAGCAUCACCCACCAGGUCACCAAGUCCUCUGGCUUUCCCAAUUGGACAUCAACCAGGCAGCUCAAACACAACACAGUCGUACAGUCCAAGCGCUGGCACUGCUCCCAUAGCGAUAUGUGCUCAAAACAAGAAAAGCUUCGUUAGACCAAAAGGCGCAGAGCCUGGAUCUCCCUUAUUGAGAAGGGCACUAUCGCCGGACAGACUCCAUCCUCGAAGUGCGGAGACUAAAUGCUCCAUUUCUCCGUUAUGUUCCUCAGGAAAUUCAUCGCCCUCAGUUAAAUCAUCAAACAGAGGUGGCGGCACAUCUAGCGUUUGGCGACCAAAUGCCCAAUCAGAUCGCGAUAAAGAUUCCGAAGCUGACGUGUCCCAACCAACAGAAAGUAUUAACUCGUCCAUUGCCUCCGAAAAUCGAUUAUCUCUAAACUUGUCAGGUCCCGGAGAAUUACUUCCUCGUAUAGCCGAGGAAAAGGAUUCGCCCACUAACAGUCAAGAAACGAAACAACUCGAAAAAGAUAAGCCCGACAAAAUAACGGAUGCAAAAUCAAAAAUCGUUCCAGCUGUUGAUAUUCAAAAGAGUAAAAAGUGUGAUAGAGGUUCGGGCGAUGAACCAUCGCCAGCCAAGAAUAUUGAUAAAAUUAAAGAUAAUAAAGAUUGUGAUAAAUCUUGUGAAUUAGAUAUUAUUAAAGAUAAAGAUAAAGAUAGUAAAGUACAGCUAAAAGAAAAAGCACACGCAUUUUCAGAUUCAAAAUCGAAAGAGGACGUCAAGAGUUUAAAUAAUUCGAAAGCUGGAAAUUUAAAAGCAGAACAAAAAUUGCUGGCUAAACCGCCCGCAAAAUAAAUGUUAAUUUUAGAAUAAUUUGUUUUUUUCUUUUUCUUUUUAAAUUAUUAAUUUUCAAAAUACUUCUCACUGUGCCCUCAAUUCUUUCAGUUGAUAGUUUAUAAAUGUGUAUAUUUAUUGGUAGUCCGUUUUAGCUCUUAAAUGUAUAUUUGUAAAGCACGCUUACAGUUAGGUUCUUUUGUCAAAUAAUUGUGUAUAUUUUGUUAGUUUAUAUUUGUUAAAGACUGAACACAAACAUUAUUUGCCAUUUUAGUUUUAUUAAGGUGGUGGUAUUGUAUUUUACUAUUUCAUCAUUUCACAAACUUCUAUAUGUUACUAUACUCCACUUAAUGAAAUGAUUUUGGUCUAAUAAUUUUGUACAUCUCCAUUUUUAUAUUCAUGUAUGUUGUUUAUAUUUGUGUGUUGUCGUGAUUGGAAGUUUAAGGAAGGUUUGUGAUACAUAUUUACAAUAUGUAACUUCCUUUUAAUCUGUAAGAUAAUAAUGGAAUUCUGAAUUCUUUAAGUUGUUAGAAAAUCUAGAUACAAAGUCGUCGAGGUGUCCAUAUCAUGAAGUGUAAACAAACUCAUCUUUUUUUCUUUAUUAUUUUGAUUAUUUCAUAUUUAAUCUUGUAUAUAUUUUUAGCCAUUUAUUAUCUAGUCCAUUUUUGUUAAAUUUAUUUUAGGUUUAGUAUAAAUUUUAUUAUAACAUCGCAAAAAUAAUUAUACUAGUUGUAUCUAGUUGUAGAAUUCCAAUAUUAUUAAUUCAGACGUAUAUAAAAACUUGUAAAAAGGUAAAUAUACGGAUUUGGGGAAUGCGUCUAAGUGGUGAAUUCGUGAAAUCUAAGAUUUAAUUGAUAUUGUUUUUGAAGUAAAUGUUUUGUUUGGUAUUUAUACAUUGUUUUGUGAAUAACUCGUAUGUAUAGUAUUAUUAAAUUCGUAUACCUUCAUAUAUUCAGAUUGUAAUCAGGAUAUGGUAAAUGUGAUUAUGUGCUUCAAAUAUAGGUAUUUUUUAUAUUUCCAUACUUCUUAAGGCGUCCAUUUUAAAUUAUUAAAUUAUUUAAAUGAAUAUUACACUCAGUUAAAAAAUCGGCAUAAAAUCACUUUAUAUAUAAAAUUUUCUUUUCCCAUGGACACCUUUAACAUUUGUUUAAACUCUGACAUAACGAAAAUUUUAUGGCUCCAUGUAUUGCUGAACAUUAUUAUUGUUUUAAGUGAUCUGAUCAUGUGUAUCACAAUGGGCACUUGCAAUAUCAAGAUGUUUCAUUAUUUUAUUGUUCCAUUUUAAUGUAAUACUUUUUUUAAAUAUCUAUGAUAAUGUAGUACCUACGGUAAUGUCUUGUACUUAAGUACUUAGAAUGGAGAAGAAAUUAUACCUGUUUUAUGAUGGUUAAUUUUAUCUGAUUAAAAUGUGAUUUUGAUAUUUGUCCUAAUGUUAUACAUGUGUUAACACUAAAGAAAUAUAAACAUUUAUCUAAAUA